UGAGGGGGCGGGCCGUGGGGGCGGGGAUGGAGUCGCAGCUGCCCGCGCUGACUGGCCUUUGCUUCCCAGGGUGAGGCCUGGGCGCCCCGUCUGGUCUGUCCCGUCCCGGGUGCGCUGGGCCACGGGGCUAACCUCGUCCCGCUCGGGCCGCGGCAGCCCCAAGAGGCCUGUGCCUGAGCCCCGAGCUGUGCCAUGGGCAGGCGGCCGCCAGGCCUGGCCUUGCUGGGGAAGGCAGCGCUGACGCUGGGGCUGGUGCUGCUCUAUUACUGCUUCUCCAUCGGCAUCACCUUCUACAACAAGUGGCUGAUGAAGAGUUUCCAUUUCCCUCUUUUCAUGACCUUGCUGCACCUCCUGGUUAUUUUCCUGCUCUCCGCUCUGACCAGGGCCCUGAUGCAUUGCUGCACCAAGAGGUCCCGGGUGGUGCUGACCUGGGCUGACUAUCUCAGAAGGGUGGCUCCAACAGCAUUGUCGACUGCCUUGGACAUUGGGUUGAGCAAUUGGAGCUUCCUGUACAUCACAGUCUCCCUCUACACAAUGACAAAAUCCUCUGCUAUCCUCUUCAUCCUGCUCUUCUCCCUGAUCUUCAAACUGGAGGAGCUGAGGAUGGCGCUGGUGCUGGUGGUUCUGCUCAUUGCCGGGGGGCUCUUCAUGUUCACGUUCGAGUCCACACAGUUCAACAUGGAGGGGUUUGCGCUGGUGCUGGGUGCCUCCUUCCUUGGGGGCAUUCGCUGGACUCUCACCCAGAUGCUCAUGCAGAAGUCCGAGCUGGGGCUUCAGAAUCCCAUUGACACCAUGUUCCACUUGCAGCCUCUUAUGUUCCUGGGGCUCUUCCCUCUCUUUGCUGUGUUUGAGGGGUUGCCCUUAUCUACGUCGGAGAAGUUGUUCCGUUUCCAUGAGGCAGGGCUGUUGCUCAGUGUGGUGGGGAAGCUCUCCUUAGGGGGGUUUCUUGCUUUCGGCCUGGGCUUCUCCGAGUUCCUCUUGGUUUCCAGAACCUCCAGCCUCACUCUCUCCAUUGCUGGCAUUUUUAAGGAAAUCUGCACCUUGCUGCUGGCCACUCACUUGCUGGGAGACCACCUGAACCUCCUGAACUGGGUGGGCUUUGCUGUCUGCCUAUCGGGAAUCUCCCUGCAUGUCACUCUCAAAGCCUUCAGUUCGAAAGGUGAAAAGGAGUCAAAGCUACACAAAGGGACCAGCUCCAGCCCUGACCUGGAGCUGCUGCUGCGGCGCGGUGAGGCUGAGGAGGAGGAAGAAGAAGUUGUAACCGAGCUACAGCACUAAUUCGGCCCUGAGCACAAUGCCCCUGCUGCAUCUGAUCAUCAGACACAACUGAGCAGCAAACGGGUCCAAUAAUCUUGGGCUGCCAGCUCCUUGAGGUUGGGCACACGAGAGGAAGUGGAGCUGGUGAGGGGCCUGCUGCUCAGCACCCACAGCCCAGAUCCAUGGAGCCUGUUUGGGUGAAACAGGCAGCACUACACACUUCCCCUUAAAAGGGAUUGGAAGAGAAACCCAGCUGUAGUGUGGGGGAUGGGGCAGGGAAACUAAGAUGUAGAGCAAGGGGAGCCCACAGGCUGCAGGUCAUGGAGAUAAGGGUCAGGGCUCACUAUGGACUCUUCCUCCAACUUGUUCUGUUGUUGGUUCCAACGAGAGAAGGCAGAAGAGCCCCUUUGGGGCUCUUUCCCCACAGCUUUGCCACUCAGAGCCCUUACGUUCUCUGAAGUUGAUGGUAAUAUAUAAAAUCUGGGACUUGCCCCCAUGGGGCAGCCAUUAUACCCAGUAACCUGUUUGGUCCCAGCACACAAUGUGAAGAGAGGAUACUCCCUACUUAUUAUUGGGGACCAAUCCAGGCAGGAUAAUCAGGGAAAGAUGUGCACUGCUGGCCCUGUGCGGGAUUAAGUGCCAGGGCGUCUAGGCAGCAAAUUUCUUUAUUGAAAAGAGUUCUGAUUUUUCAUGGAAAUAAAUGACUAGCCAGC